UGCAAACGUUUUGAAUCGCUCAGAAGCGGCUGCAGAUCCGACCCCCAAAACUGCCUUUUGGCAUGACGAGCAGGGAGAAGCGGAGCACAUGGAUUUCUAAACACGCUGGGAUUUUAUACAGCUACAAAAAUAAGAACGACAACAGAACCUGACCCUACCGAAAGCAGUCAAAUGAAUCGUAAUUGCAGAUCAAUGCAGAGAAAUGGGGAAACUUCACUCGAAGCAUGCCGCCGUUUGUAAACCCAGGGAAAGUCCGGAAGGUGAUAGUUUUGCGGUGAACGCCUCUCUGGCUCGCAAAGGGCUGGAGGACUGGAUGGUGAAGCAGAAAUACUCCGGGGGCAGCGGCAGCAGCAGCGGAGGCAGCAGCUCGGGACUUCAAGGCUGCCAGCACCGGGCUGCUUGCGGGCUCUCCAGCGGCAGGGAUUUGUCUGGAGAAGGCUACAGAGACUCUAUUGGUGAUGAGCACUUUCAUCUAGAAGUGGCUUUGCCUCCAGAGAAGACAGAUGGAGUUUGCAGUGGAGAUGAAAAGAAAGCAGAAAAAGAAAGUGACACACGCACAGGUUCCAAGAAGCAACUAAAAUUUGAAGAAUUGCAAUGUGAUGUGUCUGUAGAGGAAGAUAACAGGCAAGAAUGGACCUUCACACUGUAUGACUUUGAUAACAACGGAAGAGUCACACGUGAGGAUAUUACCAGCUUGCUUCAUACCAUCUAUGAGGUAGUUGAUGCAUCAGUAAACCAUUCUCCUAGUUCCAGUAAAACUCUGCGAGUGAAACUUACUGUGGCACCAGAUGGCAGCCAGAAGAAGAAAAGUAUAUUGUUAAAUCAUACUGAUUUGCAGAGUGCAAGGCAUAGGGCUGAAAGCAAAGCCAGUGAAGAGUUAAGAAGCUCUGAAAAGAAGCAACGAGCUUCUCUCAGAUAUCACCAGAGUGAGAACAAUCCAGAGCAAAGUGAGUGCUAUCGUCAUUGUGUUGAUGAGAACAUUGAAAGGAGAAACCACUAUUUGGAUCUUGCAGGAAUAGAAAACUACACAUCAAAGUUUGGGCCAGGUUCUCCUCCAGCAGUUCAAAAACAUGACCCACCAAGCAGAGUUGUGAGUCAAACUAGAUCCCGUUCCCACGAACCUGAAACCUUCCAUGCCCACCAUAGGAAAUCUCAAGUGGUGGAUCCAAGCCACAUCAAUCUGGCUGAGAGUUCUUAUGCCAAGAUUGCAGAAAUCCAACAGAGGCUCCGGAACCAGGACUCAAACAAGCACUUUGUGAGAUCUCCCAAGGCCCAGGGUAAAAAUGUUGCUCCUGUGCAUUCUGGAAGGGCAGUAAGAAAUAAACCUUUUCAAGCAGGGGCCAUGCCAAUGGCCUCCCCAAGUGCACGGGUGGGCCAGAAUCUUCCUUAUCUCCCCUUGCAGUCUCAGCAGGUUCACAAGAAGCAUAAGCAGAGAGCAAAGGAGAAUCACCAAAUGUGCAAAACCUUCCAGUCUCCAGGGACAGUUGUAGAAAAGGAACAUGUGAGAGACCUGCCAACAGUCAUUCUAUAUGAAGGUCAAGUUGGACAAAUGAUACAGAGACAUGAACACCACCACCACCACGAGCACCACCACCACUACCAUCACUUCUACCAGACAUAAAACAGAUCCCACCAACAUCCUCCAGGAAUCAUCCCAUAUGAAGGAAGCACGUUCUUGUGACACCAGAACUAAGGCAUUACUGAUUAAUAUUAUUGUUACUCCAUUAAUAUUCAGCUAGCAUUUAUUUUAGAGGUUAUAUGGAACUCUUGAAACUCACCCUAUUUAUAUGUUGUGGAACUGCAUAGCUUACUUAAACAACUUGUGGAUUUUUAUUUUAAAGUGGCUUGUAAAACAGCAAACAGCCAUAGCUUUUUGAGCUGUGAUUUAAUGCAGGUCGUCAACGCACUUCUUUACAAGUACUACUUCCAUUGUAGAAGGAAAGAUACUUCAAACACUAUUGCAGACAUCUAGCUUACCAGUCUGCUUGCUGUAUGUCGGCUGAUCGCACACAAGCCUUUUAUCAGGGGAGCAAUGUUCGAAGUUUUGGACUCCAGAGAUGCUCAGAAUAACAGAAAAUACAAACAGCUGCUACCUCUAGUAUUAUUCAGAUUUUAUUUUCUUUUUAUUGAUUGUAAUGUGCUACAGGGGGAAUUUUAAUAUACUGCAUUGGUGUAGCCUGUUUGUGUUCACAUCCUUUCAAAUUAUCUUAAUUACAUGGAAAUAUUAGCUAUACUUGUCAACAGAGCUACAUCUGUACAACUUACACUUUAUUUUCUUUGAGAUUCUUCACUGACACAAAUACAGUUUGUUAUGUACUGAGUAGUAUUUAAAUACACUUUUUUUUUCUCUUGCUUACUCUCCAUUCUGUCUGGGGUAACCAUUUGAAAAGAGGAGGAUGUGAAAUGGUGUUCUCAAAACCAUCACUAAACUUUAGUGCUUGGGCCAUAAGUACAAUUGAUGGGGGUUUGGGAAGCAGAGGGGUUAUCUGGGGUUUUUGUUUUGUUUAAAUCCACAGUUCUUUGUUUUGAGAAAGAAUUGAGGAAAAUAUACUUUCUCACUUUAAAUGUUGGCAAAUAUAUAUAAGAUAUAAAUAUAAAUAUAUAUAUAUAAAUAUGCACACUCUCAGGUACAUUUUGUUGUGUUUUAGAGAUCUGUGGUUUGAGUAUUAACAUUAUGAUUUUUUUCAGUAACAGUGACAUUAUAAAACGUAACAUGGCACUUUCAUAGGUGCCUCCAAUUUAAAUUUCUGCAGCACCUAGCAAUUUGUGAUUCUCCCAUUUUAGAGACAAUUCAACAUGUAAAAAAAGAUCUUUCACAGUCAUUCUGGCCUCUUCUAUUUUUUUCAUAUCAAAGAGCUUCCUUUCUAUGAGGGAGAAUGAGACCAUGCUCAGAAGACCGUACUGGCUGCUGAGAAAUUUGAAAGUCAAAAGCAAAUUGUAAAAGUGGAAAAAAGGGUCAGUGCAGUCAAGAUUUACUUUCUGUGGGGCCCAGCUUUAUAAUACAUUUGGUUGGGUUUUAUAAAGUUCACUGUUUUGCAGGUAGAAAGUGACUGAAAAUCACCUACAUUGCUUUUGGUACUUUGAAGUAGGGAACUCCUCACAUAAAAAUAUAACUGUUCUAUCAAACAUAUUUGCUUUUGGUUUUAAUUAUUUUAAAUGUUGUGGUAUUUUGUCUAUAGUAUAUAUUGUAAAAUGUAACUAUCCCACAUUGUUAUAAGCCCUUCAUGAUUAUCUUUUCACUGACUAGAGUUGAUCAGUCCAAAAAGGAGUGCUGGCCAGAACUGCUGACCACAUUUAGAGGGAUGUCGCCCUUCCUCAGAACGCAGAGACGUCAACUUUUACAUAAAAAGUUGAAGGCUUUGCCUUCUUUUGGAAUGGGAGUAGGAUCGCUGCUUCUUGGUAAAUAAGUCCAUCUUUUGUCUCCCUGAAUCAGCAGUAGUUUGGGCUUCUUGUCCUCUUUAAAAAAAAAAUGCUUUUUUUUUUUUUUUUUUUAAGCUGUCAACAGUGUAUUCUGUUAAAUCUAAAAAAAUGUUUUGAAAAUGUGUUUGAUCUGUGUGACAACUAUACUGUUCUGUUUAUUUUUUAAAUUCCUAAAGUCCAAAAAUAUUUAUAUUCAGAACUCUCUGUAUUGAAAACGUGAAAAGGCCACAAAUUUGGUUAGUUACCACUGCGUUGUUCUAGUCUAAGCCUUUUUUGCUGCUUGUAUAUCAUUCUUUUCAAUGUAUAUAUAAUUAUGGACUGCAAAAAAAAGGCAUUUAUAUGUCUAGUAGAAGGAAUAAGCUUAUUUAUAUUAUAGUGUUAACAAAGUCUGAUGUAUUCGAGUGACUUACGUUAUACCGCAUGCAAACACACAAGUGUACAUUCCAUCCAAGGAGGGAUGCCAUGCUAUUUGUUUUGAAAACAUACGUAAAGCUGUUCUCUUUUCAGUGGGACAUAUGUCAGAAAGACUGGGAGGUGGGAGUUAUUUCCUUGUCAAUUUUUCUAAUGCAGACCAUUGCUGAAAACCAGAAAAUGUUCUGGAAAACUAGAAUGCUCUCAGAGCUGUAGGUUUUUCUAAGAAAGGGCUGCAAAGGGGCAUAAAGGCCCGCUCACUCAAAGAUAAUUUUGCUUGAAAAGAUAACAGCACCAACAACAAAAUUCCAUCUGAAUGAGAAGUGUGCAGUACUAGCUGUGCAAGUGAGCUUUGGAAUGUAACACAACUUGGCCAUUGAAUACAGCCUUGCUUUAAUUUGGUUGGUGUUUUAUAUUUGGAGAUUCAAAAGACACAUUCUGCCUUGUUUAGAUCCUGUGAAAUACAAUCUGCUAAUAACGUGGCAUCCCCAUGCUAAAACUUUACACCGGCCAUGUAUGAACAUGCAGUAUCUAAAUACUGUUCUGCAGUUGUGUUAUGUGCAUUAAGUGUGAGUAACAUGUAGCACAGUUUCUUUUCACAGAACCCGAACUUUCCGUAUCUUUUAAAACGUUUGCUUUUCAGUAUUUUGUAUAGUAAAUAUAGAUGGUUUUGACUAAAUGCUUUAUUUAUUUAACAGCAAAAACUGUGCCAAGAGAACCCCCUGUUCAUUAAAGUUUUACUAGUUCAGAAAGUAUAUUUCCUUCUUCUUCUCGUGGAUUUCAGGAGCUUAUUGCAAUUGCUGUCAGUGCUUGCAGAUCUCACUGAUGAAAGAGCUUGCAUUAACGUUUUUGGAAAUAGGAUCAGAUCAUGAGGUAUGGACUUGCUAUGCUUUGGCUUUAUAAUUAAAGUGCUAACUUUAAAAAUUAAAUUUCUUGUCCCCUACUAUUAGAGCUGGGUCAUGUAACUGAUUUUUCAGGUUGGUUUUAAUUCUGAAAACCUUAACAAAUUAUAGUUUGAGUGAGAGGGGUUAAAACUGUGGCCAAAUCUAAAAUUAAAAGAGUUUAGUUUCUGGUCAAACAAAACAUUUAAUUUCCAAGGAGAAAAAAAUAGAGUUUAGUAUGUU